UUUUGCCCCAAUGGAAGGGGUGGGUCAUGUAAAUGCUUGUAUAGGUUUGGCACAAGUACUUCAAAAUCGUGGUCAUAAAAUUGUGUUUGUCGUCGACCAAUCAAUUGAAGGAACUUUGAAGAAGUAUGGAUUUGUUGAAGAAGUGUUGGAAAAUGAAGAACUGAAAGAUAAGAAGCCGGGAGAAGAAGCGGCCAAUCAAUUGCUACAAUCGGGACUUCUUUCUGGAAACUCUUCGUACGAAAAGAUGAAAAUAAUGACAAAUAUGAAGUUCUUUACAAUACUGGUCGACAAAAUGGUUUCCGAUGAACCAAAAGUAAAAGCAAUUGUUAACAAACAUAAUCCAGAUAUUUAUAUUAUCGACCAUUUUGUGGGGUCGCCAACACUCAUACACUCAGGAAAGCCGUGGGUAUACCUAUUCAGUGGCAAUCCUUUGUUUAUAAUCGAUGACRAAAUAUUACCACCGAAUUCUUCCGGAUAUUCAGUAAACGGUGAUCAAAAUGAAUGGAAAAAGUUUAGAGAAAUCGGUAAAAAUUUGUUUGCAGAACAAACUGCUAUUUAUAACAAAUGGAUGAAAGAAAAUGGAUUUCCGGAAACAACUAAUGGCAGAUGUAUUUCGGACUCACCCUAUCUCAGCAUUUAUGGUUAUCCUCAAGAACUCGAUUAUAUAGACAUCAAACCACUUCCCAAAAACUACUGUCGAAUCGAUGCGUUUAUGAGAAAAGACCCGAAAGAAUUCAAAAUUCCCGAUAAAUUGGAAAAUAGAGACAAAACUAAAAGUAAAUUAAUAUAUUUAUCGAUGGGUUCAAUGGGUUCAGUGGACGUCAAUCUAAUGAAAAGAUUUGUUGAAAUACUGUCAAAAACUCAACACAAGUAUAUCGUAUCGAAAGGACUUUUAGCGCAUAAAUACGAUUUGGCAGACAAUAUGUGGGGCGAGGCAUCGGUUCCGCAGACAAAUGUGUUGCCAUUAGUAGAUCUGGUCAUAACUCACGGCGGGAACAACUCUGUAACCGAAACCUUCAGUUACGGCAAACCUAUGAUUGUUAUGCCUUUAUUUGCGGAUCAGUUCGAUAAUGCACAGAGAAUUCAUGAGAAAGGGUAUGGCAUACGACUCGAUACUUAUUCAUUUUCAGACAAAGAAUUAUUGGAUUCAAUUGAAAAACUCUUAAAUGACAAACAAUUAGACGAAAGACUAUCGAUUGCAUCCAAACGUAUGCUUAACUCCGAUAGCAUUCAUAAAGCCUGUGAACGCAUUGAAAAUCUCUUAAAUUAA